AAGAGCGUGGCGUCGUCGUCGUCGUCGUCACUGCGCACGCGCCGGCUCAGGUCCAGCCAGGAGGAGCGGCGCCAUCUUGUUGCCGGCGCCAGGCCGAGCCGGAGGUGGUGCCGAUCAUGGAGAACUAUCAGAAGUCGAAGACGGUGGAGAAGCCCUGCCCUCUCCCUUUUGCCCAUUUGCCCUCUGACAUCAUUGAAAUGAAAGUGAAGGAUGGCAGCAAAAUCCGGAACCUGAUGGGCUACGCCAUUGGCAAGAUGGAGUCGGAGGCCACGAGGCAGGUCCUCUUCAGUGGCGCGGGCAAAGCGAUUAGCAAGACCAUCACUUGUGUGGAGAUCAUGAAGCGGAGGCUCAAGAACCUUCACCAGAUCACCAGAGUUUUCUUCAGGCAAACGGAGGAGAUCUGGGAGCCGAUUGUGCCGGAGGCUGGCCUCGAUCCGUUGACAGUGAAGCGAAAUGUCCCUGCCAUUUGCGUCUUGCUGAGCAAAGAUCCCCUCGACCCUCAGGAGCCGGGAUAUCAAGCCCCCGGGUCUUUUGAUGCCUUCUGGUUGGAAACGCUCAAAUCGGAGCCCCAGAGCCAGGCGAAGCGGAAGCAGGGGGGAGGGAGAGGAGCGGGCCGUGCUGGGAAGCAUCAUCGUUCGGUGGGGCGGGAGGAGGCGUACAAGAAGUCCUGAAAAAAAGACACGCUCCAGAAUGUGACAAAAGGAAAGGUUGCCAGUUUUAAAAUUGGACGUGUUGGGAAUAGGAGCAGAAGGAAGCGACACGUCCCGAGAUAAAAGGCAAGGAAAUGGUCUGAAUUCAAAUUUGUUGUGUGUUGGAGAGAAUUGUUGUGAGGCUCUUGCAGUGUGGCUGUUUUGCCUUCCGUGAGGAGGAAGUGCACAAGACAUGCUCAAGUGGAUGGAUAGGGGUUUGUUCGUGGUGGGGGCGCUUGAAACGUCAGCUUGAGAAGGAAGUACAGAAUCUCGCAAGCUGAGAAGAAGCUGUCGCUCCACUUUGUGUUUCUCUUCCAGCAGGCGGGUUGCUGUGAUGAUGAAUGGUUCCCUCCCAUCAUCUAUCUGGCUGGUGCCGCUUGACAUUGAAAGGGUCUUGCACUUUGCUAACCCAUCAGAUUCCUUUACUAGCUCAUCGAAGGUCCCCCUUGGAACCCAAAGUGGAGAAUCAUUUCAUGAUGUCUGUAUCUCUGUACUCUUUUGACAUAGAGGACUUCAGAUUUUUUUUUUAAAAAAAUGUCUUUGCUUUGCUUUAAGCAUCAGCCUUCCUGAACAUUCAAGAGAAGGGACCGCUGUUUGCUUCAGGGUAAAAACGAGAACCGAUUUCUGGAUGUGUUUUUUGACCUGUGAUUGUGCCAACGGGAUUGCCUGCUGUGUCAUAUCGUAUGGAGAGGAAGAAAAUGAGCUGUCUCAGAAAAGCCAUGGACUACAGGCCUUGAAAUUACAUUUUUCAUUAAUAAAGCUGGGGGAAAUGUA